AUGACUGAAGAUCUUCCACCUUUGCCUAGGUCUCCACCACCAUUACCUUCACCUACAAUACCUCUAACGCGAGAUAGUUAUCGAAUGCAUGAAUUACAACGAGAUGGUUAUUCAAAUUCCGGUCAACUUUUUGAUGAUUGGUAUAAAAUUGAAGCCAAUGAAGAUGAUGAAAAUGGUUUAACGGUUCAACUCGAAUACGAACGGAUGAAAGGUUCAACUCGAAUAUGA